UUUAGUUCCUUCUCACUAUUUAUUAGAGAGAGAAAUAAGAACCUAUACGUACAUGUUUAGGUGUAUGUAUAUGUAGAAACAGUGAGAGAGAGAGAGAGAGCAAGCGUCUGCAGAUUUGAUGAGAGUUCAAGCCGCGGGGAGAAGCUGCUGUGUUGGAUCUUCAUUUCAACAGUUGCUUGGCAUUUCGGAAGUUGAAGUACAAUUUAUUCCGGAUUCUGCGACGUGUUGGUGUGGAAUCAGUGAGUUGAGCUUGGAUUGUUGCCUGCAGGUCUAAAUUGAUUGUGUUGGAGGUAAAGUGUCAGCAACCUCGGUUCUUGGCAUAUUAACUUUUGCGUCCAGCAGUGGCUUUUCUUGAGCAACAUCUGGUACAACACCCUUAUGUAAGUCAGCCAUUGAGGUUAAUCUGAUGUACAGAUGUUGCAGCGCCAGAUUAUGUUUAAGCAGCUUCAGGAACUGCAGCGAAGGCAGCAACUUCAGGAAUUGGGUGAUGCACGGAGUCAGGAUUAUAUAAAUCAACUUGUAGCAUUUAAACAAGCUUCAGGGAUUCAGUUUGCCCCUAUAGUCAAUGGCGCACCCGGUUUUGAUUCACAAAUGUUACAAACUUAUGGGUCCGGAGUUUUUCAAGGCUCCCCCAAUGGAUUGGUUCUUUCACAAAGUCAAAACCAUACUCUGGGUCCAUUGGCAAUGUCGCAGCCUCAGUGUGACGGAUCUUUGUACGGCAGUCCUGCUUCUAAUGUUGAUAGGAGUUUAAAUCUGCAUCCUCACCUUCAAGGAGGAUAUAGUAAUUCUGCUAGUAUGUUGACAAUGAAUGUCAACAAUAUUCCAGGACUGUCUCCUAUUCCUCCAUUAGGCAAUGAUAAUUCAUUUGUGGGUCAUCAAGGCAAUUACUUUUCUGAUCAGAUUGGAAUGGCAGGUGAUUUUUUUCUGACCGAUCAAGUAUAUCGGGAGAAGAAUUUGUUCGGAGAAGCUCCAGUUCAAAGUUUAAAUACUGAUAUUUUAUCAGCUGACUACCCGCAGCAGGGAUUUUCAUUACAGAGAAGUUCAUUGCUUACGGAAUCAACGGAGAGGUAUGGCCAUACCGGUUCACAUGGAACUGCGCCUGGACAAGUGUCAAAGAUGUCACAGAAAAAUGACUCUCUAGAUCUGUUGGAGCAAAAAAUCUUGUUCAAUACGGAUGGUAAGAGCUGGGUGUCAUCAUUUGGAAGUAAGAAAAUUGGAACACCAAGCUUGGAGAGUACUGUGGAAAACCCAUCUUAUAUGGAUGCAUCACCAUCUAUUCAAAGUGGUAGCUGGAGUGCUCUAAUGCAAUCUGCUGUUGCAGAAACUUCAAGUAGUGAUACUGCAAUGCAAGAAGAGUGGAGUGGAUUGAGCUUCCAGAACCCCGAGCCGUCAACUGACAAUCAGCCCAUGAAUUUCAUCAACACUGAAAUUUCACAAAAUAAUUGGAUUGAGAGGAACAUACACAAUGUCUCCUCCCCAUGUUCAGAUCCGGAGCCAUUGUUCCAGAAAUCAAAUAAGAACUAUAAUUUCCUCGAUCUUAAGCAAUCUGAACUCCAAACUCUGAACCAGAAAGAUGAGUUUCAGUCAGAGUCUUCCCAUGUAUCAAGCCAGUAUUCUCCUGGAAAUACAAGUAACCUGGUUCAGACAUCUUUGCAUUCACAAGAUACUUGGCCUACACAAUGUCAUGAUUUGGGAGGUCCAACAUUGCCCCAUGGGAGUGCGCCAGUCGGGAGCAUUCAAAAGUCAUUUAAUCAGAUGAACCAGAUGAAUGUUCAAAGGUAUUCAGUACAAUCAGAUAGAGUGGCUCUCGGAGACAAUAUUGCACAGAACUCUGCUCUUUUGAAUGCCUCCUCAAAUGUUCAGGGUGAAAGUUUCACUGCUCAAAGUGAAAUUAUACUUGAGUUGCUUGGCAAGGAUGCCGUAAGAAAUGAUCGAGCUUCUGGAUUCCAGUUCAGCUCAAAAGUCUCACCCCUCAACGUAUCACCACCAACUGAUGCUUCUGCUGAAUAUUUUGCCAAACCAUGUGAUAACAGCCCUGUCUCACAAGGUUUUACCUUUAAACUGGGGCCUGCCGUUUCUGGGAGUCCGGAUUCACAUUCAUUGUUCCCAUCUUUGUCCAUGGGGAGCUCAUGCAUGACAUCUCUUCCCAAUGAUUAUAAUCAGCGCCAAACUCCAGUUAUGUCAAGUUAUUCAGCUGCUAAAUACCUUCCAUAUGCCAGUGCUUCGUCACAAGAUAGUUUCCAAUUGAAAAGAACUGCUGCUGAUGGUCUGGCAUUCCAACAUUCGGAGGAAGUAGUGCCCGCACAAUCAUCAAGGACCUCAGAUGUGUCCCAGGGUAUCCAAUUUCUAACAGGGCUACCCAUUCCAUUGCGAGAUAAUGUUGCACAUGGAGGUGUGAUUUCCCAAAAACCUUUCCCAUCCAAUUUGCUUCAUUCUCAAGAUUCAGUUGCUGGCAAUCAAAAGAAUGGCUCAGGGGCUCCUAAUCUGCAGCCCAACCAGAAUUAUUUAAAACAUGGAUAUAAUGUAGAAGACUUUGGCAUAUAUUCAGGAACAUCUGGAUAUUAUGCACAGACAUUGGAGAAAGAAAGUUUGAUGAAUAGAGGCUGGCUACAAAUGCCUACUCCAGAAUCUAUGAGUACAACUGCUCGUUUAAUGGGGUCUUCAAGAAAUCAUUUAGAAGCAGAUGUCGUAUCUGGUUCGUUGACAGCCUGCACAUACCAGAAGCCCUCUAAUCAAGCCGAGCAGAACGAAAACACAGCCCCAGCUGUUCCCCCUGGAGACAUCAGAUCCUUGGGCCAUUUUUUGCAUCAAAGUAUUCCUUAUGCAAGGAAUUCUGGAGCUGAGUGUAGUAAGAAUUUGCUUCUUAAAUGUGAUAAUCAGCAGUCAAUUUCUAGUGUAAAGAAGGACCUGUUUGGUGAGCAGAAGUCACUGCUCAAAGAUAAAGCAAAAAAUGACAUGGAGACAAUCUUGGCUGGGACAUCUCCUGGCAGCAUUAAGGGAUGGAAUUUCUCACAAGAAGCCCAAAACAACCAAUUAGGGAGAUCUGUAUCAGAUUCCCCUCAGGACUAUCUACAGAUGGAAAAAUCGAGCCACAGUGGCCCCGAAACUCAUUCCAUUUGCAACAAUGAAGGUUCAAAUGUUUCAAAUCAGUCGCAGAUCAGUCUGCAAAUGGCUCCAUCUUGGUUUAAGCGUUAUGGAACCUUGAAUGGAUUACCACCAUAUAACCCAAAAGCUGCAACUAAUUCUGCACAAUCAUAUUCUGGGUUGAGUAUUGGAAAUGUGCUGGACCAUAGUCUCCCUAUGCAACUAAACUCAGCUAAAGCUAAUCACGGAAGUGGUUCAUUGCCAUCUUCGUCUGCUGCCUUGAUGGUGAAUAAGAAUUUGCCAAUCCCCAUAGAUUUUGCUAAUCAAAAUUUGACUGCUUUGAAAUCAAAGAAGCGCAAACUUGCUACAUUUGACAUGUUAUCAUGGCACAAAGAAGUGAAUUUUCAUGGUUCAAAGCUUCAAAGUAUCAGUUGCGUUGGCAGCAUGGCUGGGUUAGAAUGGGCACUGGUUUUAAAUAGAAGGCAAGAGGAGGCCAAAAAUGAUGCUGAAGUUGUUAAGGAUAUGCCCCCUGCGGUUCGAUCAAAAAGGCGGCUUAUUUUCACGACACAGCUUAUGCAGCAGAUCUUUAGACCUCCACCAGUAUCGAUCAUCUCAACAGAUGCCACUUUAAACUAUGAUGUUUUUGCAUAUUCAGCGGCCAGAUUAGAACUGGGGGAUGCUUGCAACUUGACUAGUAAACCCACGACAAGUCUAGAUGAUGUGACACCUGACAAGCUAAAGACUUCAAAGGGAAAUGGUUACAAUUUCUCAAAAGCUGUGGAAGGCUUCAUUAAUCGAGUGAAGAAGCUUGAAGGAGAUCGCUCAAGAUUGGAUAAAAUUUGCUCAUUGGCGGACUUCAAAGCUGAAAUCCAGGACCUGGAGAAGUUCUCUACAAUCAACCGGUUUGCAAAGUUCCACUUCAGGGCAAACAUUGGCACGGUUGAUCCAACCUCAUCUUCUGGCCAAUCUUCACUGCAGAAGGCAACCCCCCAACAUGUAACUGGGGACCCAAUGGCCAGGACAUUACCCGAAACAGUAGAUUGUCUUUCUUUGUGAUCGAUUAUGAAUCUAAGCAUUCCUGACCUGUGAUUACAGCAUAAAAGUGCCCAGGUUAAGAAUGCAAACUAAUGCAAGAUGGCCCCAGAAAUCUCCUCGAAUUAAGGAUGUAUCCUUCUCAUUUUUGAGGUAGCAGUACGUAUAUAAAUAUAUAUAUAUAUAUAUUAGUUCUGUAUAUAUGUAUGAAGGUUCUAGCACAGCUUAAGUAGGAGCAAUGGAUACAUUUGUCAGACAUGCACAAGUACUGUAAUCGAUUAAUUUAGCUCUAUAUAAGGUUAAAUACUUUCCUUAUUGGAACACUUAGUUGUUUAUUUUCUUUCAGUUCUGAGCAGCUCAUGAGGUUACAUAUACCACCAUAUAUUUGCUUUGCUGCUUUUAGUUUCUGAUGGUAUUCUGUAGCCCAUUAUGUAACACCGUGGAUUGUGAAAGCUUCUGAUGCCCUAUCAAGUGAUUUUAUUUUAUUUUA